AUGAUUCAUACAGGAGAAAACCUUUUAAAUGCAAUGAUUGUGGGGAAGGUCUUCUGCCGGAGUUCAAAAUUAAUUGAACGCCAGAGAAGUCAUACUGGAGUAAAGCCUUAUGAAUGUAAAUAUUGUGGGAAGGCCUUCCACAAGACUUCACAAUUAAUUCAACAUCAUAGAAUUCACACAGGAGAAAAGCCUUGUAAAUAUAAUGAUUGUGGGAAGGCCUUCUGUCAGAGUUCAGAAUUAACUGUACAUCAGAGAAUUCAUACUGGAGAGAAGCCUUAUAAAUGUAGCAAUUGUGGGAAGGCCUUUGGCUGCAGUUCUAAAUUAACUGCACAUCAGAAAAUUCAUACUGGAGAGAAACCUUUUAAAUGUAAUGAUUGUGCAAAGGACUUUCAUCAGAGUUCAGAGUUAAAUGUACAUCUAAGAAUUCAUAAUGGACAGAAGUCUUACAAAUGUAACCAUUGUGGAAAAUCCUUUUACCAGAAUUCAGAGUUAACUCGACAUCAGACAAUUCAUACUGGAGAGAAGUCUUACAAAUGUAAUGAUUGUGGAAAGGCCUACUAUUGGAGUUCAGGGUUAAUUCAACAUCAGAGAAUUCAUACUGAUGAGAAGCCUUAUUAG